AUGCCCACAUAUAUUAAGUGUAUGAAGGAGUUGCUAACCAAGAAGAGCACCCUGAAAGGAGGACAAAUAGUGGUUAUGAAUAAGGAAUAUAGUGCCAUCAUACAAAAAGACUUGCCUACAAAGAAGAAGGACCCAGGGAGCUUUCACAUCUCGUGUACCAUAGGAGAGACAAUGAUUGAUAGAGGGUUUUGUGACUUGGGAGCAAGCAUAAAUGUAAUGCCCCUAUCUCUCAUGAAGAAGUUGAAAAUUAAUAAGUUGAAACCCACAGAUGUGAUCCUCCAGUUGGCCAACAAAACACAGAAACGAGCACUAGGAGUGGUUGAAAACAUAUUGGUGAAGGUUGGAAUGUACUUCCUACCUACAGACUUUGUUAUUCUUGAGAUGGAAGAAAGCUACCUUCACCCAAUCAUUCUGGGCAGACCAUUCCUAGCCACCGCCAGGGCACUAAUAGAUGUAGAGCAAGGCGAGCUGAUACUGAGAAUACAUGAUGAGCAACUCACCUUCCAUGUCUUCAAAGCAUCACAUGAUCUAGAUCAAGAGAAGGAAUGUUUGAAGAUUGAUUUUGGUAAUACUAACAUGAAAGAAGAACCCAAUGAAUCAGCCCCAGAGAAUCUGAAGUCAUGCCUAAAAGAGAAGAAAUAA